CAAAAUUCCAAAUGAUUUCUAGAAUUGGAUGGUUCAAUCUUAGUAAGUUUAAUUUUAUUUUUAAACAAUUGAUAUUUUCAGGGUCUAAAUAUAAUUUUAUACCGCUCCUUGGUAAUUCAUUAAGAACUCAAGCGACGGCAGGGGCUACUCCAGCUACCAAGUCUGAACCUCCUAAACCACCUCCUGUAACGACUGCAGAAGUAAAACAGCCAUUGAAUAUGAAAACACAAGACUCGGUUACUUGGAAUAUAAAGGGAAAUGGCAUUGCUGUUGUAAAGAUUGAUUGUCCAGGCGAAAAAGUGAAUUCUUUGAAUGAAGCUGUCUCAAAGGAUCUAACAGCUGCUUUCAAUGCUAUAGAGCAAAAUCCAUCCGUUCGUGGUGUUGUACUUAUUUCUGGCAAACCAAACAAUUUUAUCGCCGGUGCAGACAUUCGAAUGUUAGAGAAAUGUAAAUCGGUUUCUGAAGCUGCGAAGAUUUCAAGCGAUGCUAAAGUUCAAUUUGACAAAUUAGAAAAUAGCAAAAAGCCGAUUGUUGCUGCCAUUAUGGGUCCUUGUAUGGGUGGAGGGCUUGAAUUAGCAAUGGCUUGUCAUUAUCGAAUAGCUGUGGACUCGCCAAAAACUCAAUUGGCAUUGCCUGAAGUUAUGUUGGGUCUAUUGCCAGGCGCUGGUGGUACACAACGUCUUCCCAAGCUUGUUGAUAUCCAAACAGCUUUGCAAAUGAUGCUCACAGGCAAAGUUCUUCGUCCUAAUAAAGCCAAAAAACUUGGUUUAGUCGACCAUUUAGUCCAGCCAAUCGGGCCUGGCCUUACCGAUCCAUUAACUGGAACUCAUCGUUAUUUGGAAGAGGUUGCCAUCCAAACGUGUGAACAACUAGCUGAUGGUUCUCUUAAAGUUACUAAAAGCAAGCCUUUUGCUCAACAGUUGACAAAUCUUUUACUUACAAGUCGUCCACUUAUCGAUGCUUUACUAGUUCGAAAGGCCAAAGAAACGGUGAUGAAGCAAACGCAUGGGAAUUACCCUGCGCCUUUGAAAAUUCUGGAUGUUGUUCGAAAUGGGCUGAUUGAUGGGCCACAAGUUGGUUAUGAACAGGAGACUCAGGCGUUUGGUGAGCUUUCACAAACUAAACAAUCAGCAGCUUUAGUUGGUCUCUAUUGGGGUCGAACUGAAUGCCAAAAGGACAAAUAUGGAGACGCAAAGAAAUGCGAACGAUUAGGAGUGAUUGGAGCUGGUCUCAUGGGUGCCGGAAUUGCAAAUGUUAGCAUUGACCAGGGAAUUGAAACGGUCCUUAUAGACACAAAUCAAGGAGCUUUAGAUCGAGGUCUCAAACAAAUUACUACACAGAUGGAAGGUCAACUUAAAAAGAAAAAGUUUACUUCAGCUGAACAUACUCGUUAUUUGUCGUCCUUGAAACCUGUUUUGAAUGAUUAUAGCCAUCUUAAAAAUUCCGAUGUCGUUAUUGAAGCUGUUUUUGAGGAUCUUGGAUUAAAACAUAAAAUUAUUCAGAAGGAAAACGUCCCAGAGCAUUGUGUUAUUGCUACAAAUACUUCGGCUCUUCCUAUAAAGGAUAUUGCUUCUGCUAGUAAGCGACCUGAAAGAAUCAUCGGCAUGCACUAUUUUUCGCCCGUUGACAAAAUGCAGCUUUUGGAAAUAAUUACUUCAGAAAAGACAUCAAAAGAAACUUUGGCUGUCGCAGCAAAACUGGGACUUGCUCAGAAAAAGCUGAUUGUUGUUGUUAAGGAUUGUCCAGGUUUUUUCGUUGUUCGUUGUAUAAGUCCAAUGUUGAGUGAAGUUAUGCGUCUUCUUCAGGAAGGUUUAACUCCAACAGAGGUAUUUAUAGAUAUAUUUUUGAAAAAUGGGAAAUUUAUUAAGGCUGACAAAAUUACCAAUCAAUUUGGAUUUCCUGUUGGGAUGGCUACUUUAGCUGAUGAAGUAGGCCUUGAUGUUGGUGAUCACGUUGCUUCGUUUUUGAGUAAAGCACUCGGACCUCGUGUCCAAGGAGGAUCUUCACAAAUGUUACAAGAUAUGGUCCAGGCUGGAUUCAAAGGCAAAAAGAGUGGAGCCGGUAUUUAUGACUAUAAUCCCCAAUCAACUAAUCCACUUGUAAAAUUUGGAAUUGGAAAAGCACCAAAGAAAGUAGUAAAUGAAAAGGCAGUUGAAAUACUUAAACGUUAUUCUUUAACUCCGUCAGCCGGCGCCUCUUCUGUUGAAGAUCAACAAUUACGUGUUGUUUGUCGUUUUGUGAAUGAAGCAUUAAUUUGUCUUGAAGAGGGAAUAAUCUCUGCACCGUCUGAUGGAGAUAUUGCCAGUGUUUUUGGUGUCGGUUUUCCGCCAUUUUGGGGUGGCCCAUUUAGAUUUGUUGACCUUUACGGUGCUGAUAAAUUAGUGAAGAAAAUGGAAAAAUAUGCGAGUAUUUAUCCAAGUGUUCAAUUCCAACCUUGCCAAUUACUUUUAGAUCACGCAAAAACGGGCAAAAAGUUCUACGAAAAACGGCAAUAA